GUGUGAGAGACAGAGGCCACUUUUUACUGCUACAGGAUAAAGCACCGUUUUUUAUUUUUUAUGUUUUGAGGCCAAAGAUCACUCAGAAUUGCCGAAUCAGCAUGGAGGACAGCAGUGGAGUUGCCAUCCUGCUCCCCCUCUCUAGAGGCCAACAGGAGACUGUCUUCAUCCCUGAAAGGGUGGAAACGCCUCCAGGUACCCUGAUGGAGCCUAGGGAUGGUGACCAGAGGCAGCAGCAGGCCGCAGACUCCCUCAUCGAGGUGAUCGAGAAGCUCAGCAAGAUCGUGGAGAAGCGCCCACGUCGAUGUACCCUGGCUGGGAAGAAGAGAGCCCUCAUGUCCUGUGCCUCCAUCAGAGUCCCAGAGAUCAGGGAGGGCAGUGGUGGGUCCUCCCCCUGCAAGAGAGUCCGGGAGUUGGAGGAAGAGGUGAAAGAGGAGGAGAUCAAGCCAGACAGCAGUGCCCCUGCUGGCAGCAGUAGGACCAUCACCUGUUACCAGUGCAGCCUGUGUCGGUUCCUGUCCCCGACCUUGAGCCUGCUGAAGGAGCACCUGCGGCAGCACGAUGAGCAGCACAGUGACCUCAUCCUCAUGUGUUCUGAGUGUCGCUUCACCUCCAGCCACCAGGAGGAGCUAGAGGCCCACGUCAGGCUCCACUUUGACUGCAGCAACUCCAACAAGAACCCUGUAUCCAGCCAGCAGGCCAGAGAGGGGAAUGAGGACUUGGGGAUGGGGGGUAGUGUGGAGGACGUUGUGUUCAAAACCGCCAUGGACUGUGCUGAGGAGAUCCCUGCUAAGAAGAAGUGGUACAGCUAUGAGGAGUCUGGGAUGUACCGCUGCCUGAUCUGCAGCUAUGUGUGUGGACAGCAGCGAAUGCUAAAGACACAUGCAUGGAAGCACGCAGGUCUGGUGGACUGCUCUUACCCGAUCUUUGAGGACGAGGCAGUGGCACCUUCCAGACAAGAAGCACCAGCACCUCCUGUAGCUCCUCCUGCAGAGGAAGCCAUAGUGGUCCUCACCCCGGUCCCAGAGAACUCCCAGAACCUCAACAAGAUGUCCACCUUCCAGAUUGACCUCUGUGCUCCUGUGGCGGAGUGUAAGAAUGAGGCCAGGACAGAACCAAUCACAGAGGAGAGCCCAGUGGAGAGGCUAUCUAAAGACUCAGAGCCAAUGUUGGAGGUACAGGUGACCACAGAGACAGAGGUGGAACUUGUGCAGGACUGUCAUCAAAUUACAAGCACAACAGACAGCCUCCUGUCAUCAGCCCAGAAGAUCAUCAGCUGCAGUCCCAACAGUGCCGGCCAUGUCAACGUCAUAGUGGAGCGACUGCCGUGUGCAGAGGAACCCGUGGCCACCCAGCCCCUCCUCCCCAGCCCAGAGGUGGGCAGAGACGAGAGCCUGCUGGCUGCAGAGGAGGCGGGCCAUGUGGAGAACCAGCCAAUGCUUGCUUACAAGGAUGAGCAGCAGGAGGUGGUGAUUUGCUGGAGCAACAGCGAGAGGCAGCAGACCACCACGGACCCUCCGCGUGACGAGAACGCUCCCCCAGCCCGCAGGAGGACCCACUCUGAGUCUCUGAGGCUGCACUCCCUGGCUGCUGAAGCUCUGGUGGCCUUGCCCAUGAGGACCGCAGAGCACAUCAGGAGCAUCGUGGGUCAAUGCUCCCAGAGCCCUGACACGGGCCAGAGGCUCCUGGAGAUGGCUGCAGCAGUUUCAGCCGACAGAGCCCCUGCAGCGGUAGAGGAGCUGGCAGGAGUGGGCAGCGUGGGGUCAGCCCUGGUAGACCUGGAGCUACAGGGGUCCAGAGAGUACGGGCUGGCUGAGGGCCCCACCAAGGCUGGCAUCAGCCUGUCCCUGCUGACGGUCAUAGAGAGGCUGAAGGAGCGCUCGGACCAGAACGCCUCAGAUGAGGACAUCCUGAAGGAGCUCCAGGACAACGCCCAGAGCCAGCACGCCGUGGAGGUCAGCGCCUGUGGCGGGGGGGACCCGGGUAACCCUGGUGGUGGUCUGGUGGACUACAUCCCUGGCAGCGAGAGGCCCUACCGCUGUCGCCUGUGUCGCUACAGCAGUGGGAACAAGGGCUACAUCAAGCAGCACCUGCGAGUACACCGCCAGAGACAGCCCUAUCAGUGUCCCAUCUGUGAACACAUUGCCCUGGACAGCAAAGAUCUAGAGGGCCACAUGAUCAACCACUGCAAGACCAGGGUGUACCACUGCAAGCAGUGUACUGAGGCCUUCUAUUACAAAAGUCAGCUGAGGAACCACGUUAGAGACCAGCACGGUUUGGGCGACACCAACGCAACACUAACCCCUGUCACUGAAACCACGGCAACCAUGGAGGAAUCUGAAAAGAUGACAAAUGACGAUUCCAUCAGUUCGCAGAAGGUGUACAGAUGCGAUGUGUGUGAUUACAGCAGCUCCACUUACGUUGGAGUUCGGAACCACCGGAGGAUCCAUAACUCUGACAAGCCUUACAGGUGCUGCAGCUGUGACUUUGCCACGACCAACAUGAACAGCCUGAAGAGCCACAUGAGGAGACAUCCCCAGGAGCACCAGGCUGUCCAGCUACUGGAGCAGUACAGGUGUUCACUGUGUGGCUAUGUGUGCAGUCACCCUCCGUCCCUCAAGUCUCACAUGUGGAAGCACGCUGGCGAUCAGAACUACAACUACGAGCAGGUGAACAAGGCCAUCAACGAGGCCAUCUCCCAGAGCGUCCGGUGAGUGGGGGGGGGGUUUAACGGUCUGCCUUUACCAUCUGUAAAGCUUCUAGUCAGACUGAAGCCUGUGUUUGGGUCCCAGUGAACCAGGAGGUGUAGGGUCAUGUCUCUGUCUUGAUGGUGAACCUGCUCUCUCUCCCUGGCUGUAGUUCCCCGGU